UUCAGAAUAUUGGGGGGGUGUGGAAACCCCGCCUCUUUUUCCUGCACUUUGCACCAUCUGACUGACUAAAUGGUUGUCCUCCGAACCAAAAAGGCUACCAGACAAUCCAAGGAAAUUGUCUCUGACUAGGUCAUGUUUGCAUUUGAAGAAUUCAGCGAACAGAGUAUCUGCCAAGCCCGGGCUUCCGUGAUGGUCUACGAUGACACCAGUAAGAAAUGGGUACCGAUCAAACCCGGCCAGCAGGGAUUCAGCCGCAUCAACAUCUACCACAACACCGCCAGCAACACCUUCAGAGUGGUCGGGGUCAAGCUUCAGGAUCAGCAGGUUGUGAUCAAUUAUUCAAUCGUGAAAGGGCUGAAGUACAAUCAGGCAACGCCGACCUUCCACCAGUGGCGAGAUGCCCGCCAGGUCUACGGCUUGAACUUUGCAAGUAAGGAAGAGGCAACCACGUUCUCCAAUGCCAUGCUGUUCGCCCUGAACAUCAUGAAUUCCCAAGAAGGAGGCCCCUCCACACAGCGUCAGGUGCAGAAUGGCCCCUCUCCUGAAGAGAUGGACAUCCAGAGAAGACAAGUGAUGGAGCAGCAGCACCAGCAGCAGCGGCAGGAGUCUCUGGAGAGAAGAACCUCGGCCGCAGGACCCAUCCUCCCACCGGGGCACCCCUCCUCUGCAGCCAGCGCCCCCCUCUCGUGUAGCGGACCCCCACCCCCUCCCCCACCCCCUGUCCCGCCUCCCCCCACGGGGUCCACCCCCCCGCCCCCACCCCCACUGCCAGCCGGAGGAGCCCAGGGCGCCAGCCACGACGAGAGCUCCGUGUCCGGACUGGCUGCUGCCUUGGCUGGGGCCAAGCUGAGGAGAGUCCAGCGGCCAGAAGAUGCGUCCGGAGGCUCCAGUCCCAGCGGGACCUCCAAGUCUGACACCAACCGCGCGAGCAGUGGGGGUGGUGGAGGAGGCCUCAUGGAGGAAAUGAACAAGCUGCUGGCCAAGAGGAGAAAAGCAGCCUCCCAGACAGACAGGCCGGCGGAUAAAAAGGAAGAUGAAAGCCAAGCGGAAGAGCCGAGCACCUCUCCAUCCCCGGGGACCCGAGCAGCCAGCCAGCCACCUAACUCCUCAGAGCCUGGCCGGAAGCCCUGGGAGCGGAGCAACUCGGUGGAGAAACCCGUGUCCUCGUUACUGUCCAGAACCCCGUCUGUGGCCAAGAGCCCCGAAGCUAAGAGCCCCCUUCAGGCGCAGCCUCAUGCUAGGAUGAAGCCAGUGGGGAGCGUGAAUGAUGUGGCCCUGGAUGCCUUAGACUUGGACCGGAUGAAACAGGAGAUCCUCGAGGAGGUGGUCCGAGAGCUCCACAAAGUGAAGGAAGAAAUCAUCGAUGCCAUCCGGCAGGAGCUGAGCGGGAUCAGCACCUCCUAGGGCCACCGCCCGAGACCACAGGCCCACUGCCGGCGGGGGACAGCGAGGAGCCCGGCCGGCCCCAGGCCUGCAGCACACGCGCACGCACUGAAGCCGGGACGUGCUCCGUUCAAACGUCUUAACCUGUGAUAAAAUAUUAAAAUGAGGAAACAAGUUCAAUUUCUGGAUUUUUUUAGAUUCUACCUGACACAGAACACCAGGUCUACUCGCCUUUUUUGUAUUUUAUAUUUGCCUAUUGAAGUGUACAUUUCUUUUGGUUUAUAGAGGACUCCCCAGAUCACGCGCUUCGUUAGACGGUUUCCGAGUUUUCUCCUAGGUGAUGCUCUUAGCAGCUUGGCUGGCAGGGGCAAGCGGUCCCCAGCGUCGUGGUGGUCACGUCCGUCCACGCACCGCGGUGUCUGUAUCCACGUGGUAAUAAACGCUUUCUGUCCACA